AUGAGUGCGGAUGCGUACACACUCAAGUUAAGCAUAGAGAGAAAAUGUGUCGGUAAUGACUGUGGUUGCCAAUGGAAUCCUAAAAAACCAGACGGACUAGAAACCGAGAAGAAUGAGAAAGUUGAUCAGGUAGUUGGUUUUGUUUCCUACACUCAUUUCAGUAAAGAGGAAUUCAAACUGCUCAAAAGUCUAGGUAAUAAUGAGAAACUAGAUGUUGGUGGUAACCAAGAAGUUAAGCAUGUUAAGAAAGCCUCAGUGUAUUACUGUGAUAAGGACUAUGAGGGUAUCAAUGUGAAACCGCUUCUUAUUGAGGUUAAGGAUAAUGGAAAUAGGUCAACAUACUAUCUGAAAUAUGAGGAUGGUGAACUAGAAGAACAUGAUUCGAAGGUCUGGAAAAAACGUGGAGGAUCCUUACAAGAUUUGCUGAAUGAAAGAAAUCUGGGCGUAAACAAUCGCAUUCCUCUUCACCUUGAUCAACCUGACAAGCACUUUGAAUCUGAUUCUAAUAUUUCUAAGGAGGUAACGGUACAAUCAGUUGGUGAUAAAACAACCCUUUCUGGAAGUGAGUACACUGCUAAAACUUACAAGAUAACUGAUCAGAAUGUGAGGUUAUCCAGAGUAGAGAAUGACAAGGAAAAAAUUGACAUCAAGAUUCCCCAUGAUACACUUGACGGAAUAAAACUAUACUAUUCACCUGUUAAUCCCAAUGUACCCCUUAUGUUUGAGCUCAAGUCAAGUAAUGGAGGAGAUUCUACUUUUUAUGAGAGUAUAAGCCAAGAUGGUAAUAACUGGAUAGAGGUUGGAAAGGGUAAGUCGAAGAAUUUUUACACUGACAAAAGUGGUACUAUUCCACAGCCUGCCCUUGCCGAACAACUUGAUAAGGUAUUAUGCUCGCAAGGUUAUGUUACCAUAGAUCUAUCUUAUGAUACAUCUACAUCAGGAGGAAGAUACUGUUGUGAAGACCAUGGAGGUAAGGGUAAGAAUGAUGGGAGGGUAACUGUUUCUGAGGUCUCUGGUCCAUCCCGUUCAAGUUCUAUUACAUUCUAUGGACAUUCCAUCACUAGUCCUGGUUUGAGUCUUGCUGGUAUCUACUACAAAGAUACUCAAGGUAAAAGAAAUAGAAUAAAGAUCCCUGGCCUUGACAACUCUGGGGAUAGCUCGGUAAAGCUCUACACAUUUUAUUCGAAUGGUAGCAAGGAUCCAAAGCUCAUAUUUGUGGAAUAUACCGAUCAACCUAACUUUAAGGGAUGGUAUAGGGGAAGUACUACUGAUGGUUCUCAGUGGAAAAAAGUUCUUAAUGCUCCAAAGAAGUCACCAGAUGAAGUAAAAGGCAAGGGUAGUAGCGAAGGAGAGUUUAAAAAAUAUGUAGAUAAACUAAACUGUAUAAUAUCUGGAACCGGUGGAGAAUGUGCUGACACAUCUAAACUCUCAUCUCUACCACCUCCUGCUGGACCUCAAGGACUUCCUGAACCUGAAGAACCUACUCUUUCUCUUUAUGAAGCCCUUGAAAAAUUUCCUGCUCCUCCUCCUGAACCUGAAGCUCUUGGUGAUCCUGUUUCUGGUGGUAUUCUUACUGUUCUCACUGGAUUAGGCUCUACCUCUGGUACUCUUGUCGGAUCCGCUGCAACAUUUUUUGGAGGAUGGAAACCUUACAACUGCUUUAAAGGAGAUACAUGGAUUAUAGGGCCAGAUUAUUGGAUGAAUAGUCUUUGA